GUCUGGAUUUCAUAUUUUUGCUCUUUAGUUGUUGUUAUAGUCAUUAAUAACUCGAUCAUUCUAAUGUUGAGAUGUCGAUCAAAUAACUGCACGAAUCUUGAUACUAUUGAACUGGUUUAUCCUUUGUCGGAGCGCGUAUGUCUUGAUGUUAAGAGUGAAGACUUUUUUUAAGUUACUUUGCAAAACCCAAUUAAAUACAUAUCGGUUUUCAAAGCUCUUUACUGUUUUUCAUCCUUCUAGGAAGAUACCCCUAAUAUUUUGAAGAUUUCAAAACAUCUCAAGAAACACUGGAAAGGUCUUUGGACAUCACUUUGAAAAGAAGAUGUCUGAGGUAGCAAUGGACGCCGAUUGGCAGAACAUCUCAAGGAAUGAUGCGUGGGUGUGGGCACCUGUUUCGUGGGAGUGGUGGGUGAUCGUCCAGUUGGUCCUAGCCAUCGUCGGAAUCCUAGGAAACUUACUGGUGAUGCUCGUGAUCUUUUGGCCAGGACGUCGACGCUGUGCCACCGACAUCUUGAUCGGUGCUUUAGCCAUGGCCGAUUUCUUGACAUCCAUCUUCAUCAUACCACAUCGUCAAGUCAUCCAACUUCCGGACACCGUUGGAGGCGAACUCUACUGUCGGAUUAUCCAUACAUCUGUCUUGAUGUGGAUAUCCAUUUGCGCAUCCAUCUUCACCCUGACAACCAUAUCGAUCGAGAGGUUGAUGGCUGUCCGAUUUCCAAUCUGGUUCCAACGUCUGUUCUCUCCAAAGCGCACCUCAAUCGCAGUCAUUGUCAUAUGGAUCGCAGCCUUUAUCAUCAACAUUGGAAGUCUCUACGCCCACUUCGUAACAGAAGACAGGCAGUGCGUACUCUCCUUGCCUGUGGCCUUUCACCGAUUCCUUGGUGUUUGCUUAUUCAUUCUUGAGUAUGUCCUUCCUGUCGUCAUCAUGGUGACAUCGCACGCUUGGACCAUCUACAGCCUUCGUCAACGUCAAGCUUCGGCACUCCGUCAGGUUCAGAGUCGUGUCCUCCAAACGCUCCUCAUCGUCGUCAUCACUUUCAUCAUCUGUUGGACACCUGAUCAGUUUGGUUUCCUCGUCUUCAACCUUGGCGUCGUCCCGUUCACACACCUCUUUAGUCCUCUGUACCGAGGUUUUGUCAUCCUUGCAUUCGCCAACUCCUGUGUGAACCCUUUCAUCUACGCUGCCAGGAUGCCUAGAUUUAGAAAAGCUCUCAAGGAUCUGUUCUGGAUAAAGGGAACCCCACGCGGUGAUGGAAUCCCAUCGGUAUUCGCCGUUGACGGGGAGGGCAAAUCUGAUGAGUCGAAAAGCAAAACCACCGAAACAUCACUAUCGUAAAAGACUGGUACUGUAUGCAGUGGUUUGAGAUACCACAAUACUAGAGACAAGAUCAGUUUUCUUCUAGAUCGCCCUUUCCAACUAUAGUUGUUCAAUCUAAAAAUAAUAAAUAAGGUUUAUACGACUCGGUACGUUUUAUAUUUAAGCAUUCUUUUUUUAAAUCAACAAAUUCUUGAUUUUUGUGAUUCUUAUAAACGCGGUUUUGAUAAUACCGAUUCUUUUACCCUACGCCAAUAUCAAAUC